UGUUCGCACACGUAAAGGUUUGUGUUUUAUUCAGGGGUUGACCGAGCUCUAAGCUCUAAGAGAAGUUGUGUGUUAUGUUAGAGCACUUUGUUGGAUUGCAUGAGUUGUACUAAAAAAAAAAAAAAAACAAAAACGAAAGAAAAACCUCUGCUGUGCUAUUCCUUCUGCUGCUGCUAUUGCUUCCUGCAUUGCUGCUCCUGCUCCUGGCCGUAAACGAACAGUUUUUAGAGUGUGGUGUGCAUAAAAUUGUCCUGUGGGAUGUUAUAGUCGCGUUUUGUUUUUCGCCGACCAACGUGCAUCUAUCAGAAUAGUUCCGUCGUCUUUGAACUUAUAAUAAAAUUUUUUCAUAUCUUGAAAAAAAAAACAUUUUUUUAAAAAAUUCAUAUAUUUCUUAACGGUGGAUAUUUUUGAAAAUAAUAUUUUUAAAAAUCAGUGACGGUUGUGCAAUUCGAUUAAACGUGUCAUAUCCGUUUGUUUUUUUUUAAUGAUUAUUUAUUAUUAUCAAUCAACGCGAUAAGUCAGUGACAUUUAUAUACAAAAAAAAAACAUUAACAACUUGAUUUUUGUUAAUAAAGUUGUUAACAUGGCCAAAAGUGUACAAGUGAGUGACAGCAAAAUAAAAUAAAAAAAAGGGAAAUACAAAAAAAUUAAGUUAAAAACCUCAUUUCAAAAAAAAAAAAACUGUCGCCAAUUUAUACACAAUGGAUGGCAAAAUAGGCUGCAGCACAAAGCUGUUGUCGUCGACGAGGUGGUCUUGUUAACACAAAAUCGACCAAUAUUCAAAAAACGGUUAAAUUUGUAUUGUCUCUGCAUUUAUAUGUACUCUGUAACAACGCUAUCCAAGGAUGACUUCGACGAUACAAUUUAAAGUUAAAAACAAAACUUAAUAAUUAAACUUAAUAAAGUUAAUAAAAAAAAUUAAACAGUGAAGUUAUAAAAAAUAUUGAUAAAACAAAAAAAUAAUAAAAAAAAAUACAAAAUGACGAAGAAAUGUUGCAAGUGAGAUAUAAACGACAUAAAAGAAUGUUUUGUUGUCAAUGAUGGAAGAUUGUGAAAGAGUGAGCAAAUAAUAAAUUUGUGAGAAUAUUGACUUGAAAAUAUAGAAAAUUUUCAAUAAAACAUUUGGAUUUACAUUUAAACUAUGAGAGAUUGAGAAAAAGGGUUAUAAAAAAAAAACGCAACAGUGCUGCUGCAACACCGCUAACCAUGGAUUGGACUCGGUGGCAGUUCACAUUCAUUUGGAGCACAUUUACAACAGGGAGUUUAAUGUGGCUGCCAAUUUGAGAAGCAGGACCGUUUGAUAUAACAACAUACAUUAUAACAUCAAUCAAUAUCAACACUAUCACGUAAACUCAAACCCCAUCUAGUAGCUGAAGGUGUCAAAUCAUAUAUCAACAGGGCCCAAAACCCUAAAACUUCUUCGCAAGACCAGCAGCCUAACAUGGAGUUUUUACGUGGUGUCUAUGCGUUUAUGCAAGUGAGUAGAUCAUCGGUGUCUCAUGUUAAAAUCGACUCGCCUGUUUUUCGACUGCACACAAAUGCAACUGUUAUACUGUUAAUAACAUUUUCAAUAGCUGUUACAACACGCCAAUACGUAGGAAAUCCAAUAGACUGCGUUCAUACGAGAGAUAUACCGGAAGAUGUUCUCAAUACAUAUUGUUGGAUUCAUUCAACGUACACAGUGGUGGAUGCUUUCAUGAAAAAGCAAGGUUCCGAGGUGCCUUUUCCUGGGGUUCAUAAUUCACAGGGACGUGGACCUCUUACAAUAAAACAUACAAAAUAUUAUCAAUGGGUGGCGUUUACCCUAUUUUUUCAGGCCAUUUUAUUUUACACCCCAAGAUGGCUUUGGAAAUCUUGGGAAGGUGGAAAGAUUCACGCUCUCAUUAUGGACUUAGAUAUAGGAAUAUGCUCCGAAGCCGAAAAAAAGCAAAAAAAGAAAUUACUUUUAGAUUAUUUAUGGGAAAAUCUUAGAUAUCACAACUGGUGGGCCUACAGAUACUACGUGUGCGAAUUAUUAGCACUUAUAAAUGUGAUAGGUCAAAUGUUUCUUAUGAAUAAAUUUUUCGAUGGCGAAUUUAUGACAUUUGGCUUAGAUGUGAUAGCAUACAUGGAAGCCGAUCAGGAGGAUCGACUAGAUCCAAUGAUCUACAUCUUUCCCAGAAUGACCAAAUGUACAUUUUUUAAAUAUGGCUCAAGUGGGGAGGUGGAAAAACAUGACGCUAUAUGUAUUCUACCAUUGAAUGUUGUUAAUGAAAAAAUUUAUAUUUUCCUUUGGUUUUGGUUUAUAUUGUUAACGAUUUUAACAACACUUACACUUAUAUACAGGGUGGUUAUAAUAUUCUCACCUCGUAUGAGAGUUUAUUUAUUUCGAAUGCGAUUUAGGUUAGUGCGUCGAGACGCUAUAGAAAUAAUUGUGCGGCGAUCGAAAAUGGGCGAUUGGUUUUUAUUAUAUUUAUUAGGAGAAAAUAUAGAUACCGUCAUAUUCCGCGAUGUUGUACAGGAUCUAGCGAAUCGAUUAGGACACAACCAACACCACAGGGUGCCUGGCCUUAAAGGUGAAAUUCAGGAUGCAUGAUAUUGGGAGUAUUAGAAAAAUACAAACAAAUAAAAUUAAAUUUAAUUAAAAAGAAAAACAAGAAAUAGUUGUAACGAAUUAAGUUCAUUGUAAAUUAUUAUGUUUAAGGCAAAACUCAUUUUUUUUUUUUUUAAUUUUUUAUUUUCAUGUUUUAAUUUAUUAUAGUUGUGCAUUUAUUUAAGUGAAAAUGCAUACAACAAAAUGAUGAUACUGUGUUCAUUUGAAAGAUAAAAAAAAAAAUAAAUUUUAUAAAAAAUAAAAACUAAAAACUAACAAAAAAAAAAAUCAAUAAAAACAUCGACUAUGAAAAUACAAAAAAAAAAAAUUAAAGUAAUUGAAACGAAAUUUCGAACGAAUUCCAGAAUCUGCGCGUAAUUUUAUACAUAAAAUAUAUUUUUUUGUUUUAUUUUUCAUUUCGUAUUCAUAAAUAAAUUAAAAUAAAAAGUACCUACUGAACCUCUAAGCAGGCAAGUUAGGUAUUAAUAUCAGAAUAGUAUUAAAAACAAAAAAAAAAAUAAUUAUGAUGGUAUACUAAACUGGGGAGCAACAAAACACAACAAAUUUCGAAUGCUUUGUUAGCAAAUCUCCGUCCAACGAGAUGAUGUUGAGGCAAAAUAUCGGUGACAAUUUUCUUCUAACUAAUAAUAAUGAUUUAAAAUUUAUUUUUGUACAGAAAAAAAAUAAUUAAUUUUUAAGUUUAAAAUUUGUAAAAAUAAAAAAAAAAUAAUAUAUAAAAAAAAAACAAUAAUAAUAUUAAACUGCCAUUUUACAGAACCAUAUCAUACAAAUGUAUUUUUCUCCUCUUCUAAGUUCUAGUCACCAUUUGCCAAGAAAUAAAGAAAAUUGCAUAUUGUAAGAACCUCACCA